CCGUCCUCUCAUUCCACAAGCUCAACCUGCACUCAGCAACCUCCUCACAUUCCGAGGCAUCUCCGGCGAUCGGCGAAGACGAGCGAGAUGGCCAAGAAAGCGUCCGAGGUCUGCCUGGCUUUGGCCGUCAUGACCAUCAUGCUUCCCGGCCUCGCUUGGGCGCAGUCCGGCUGCACCACCGCCAUCAUCAGCCUCGCGCCGUGCCUGAGCUACAUCACCGGCAACUCCUCCACGCCCUCCUCCUCGUGCUGCUCCCAGCUGGCCAGCGUCGUCAAGUCCCAACCGGCGUGCCUCUGCUCGGUGCUCAACGGUGGCGCCUCCUCGUUCGGGAUCACCGUAAACCAGACCCGAGCCUUGGCCAUGCCCGCCUCCUGCAAGGUCCAGACGCCGCCGGUCAGCGAGUGCAACUCCGUAGCCGGUGGACCGGCAAAGUCCCCGACAUCUUCACCAGCAGCACCGGCGACUCCGGCCAAUCCCGCACCAGCGACGCCAUCAUCUCCGAGGGCAGAAGGUGGAUCGAAGGCAACCCCAGCGACGGCUUCAUAUGGCACUUCUUACACACCAACUCGCUCUCUGAUGCUCUCAAUCCUCUUCCUCGCCGCCUCCGUCUUCUCUACCAGCCUCUGAGUCUACUGCCAUUAAUUUCUUGCACCUGUCUGCAUCCUUCCUCAUGUGUGCUCUGCUAUGUAGCUGUGAUGUGGUGAUUCGUUGUACCAUUCUUAGAUUAUCCGAAUAAAAGAUUACCAGUUUUCAUUAUAAA